AUGCCAGCCGAGGCAGCACGAGGCUCCUCGAAAGAUCAACAACUAAAACACAUUGGCAAUGCGUACUCGAUUCUCAUCAGACGUCAAAGUACUCUCACAAUGACGAACCUACCCUCCCCUCCCUUCGUCGAUAUCAAAGGCAUCGCCAACUUCCGCGACGUUGGCGGCCAACUCGAUAAUGUCCGCAAAGGGGUGGUGUUCCGCUCAGCGGACCCAUCGAAGGCAUCCGAGGAAGGGUUGAAGAAGAUGAGCAAGGAUCUAGGCAUAACAACAAUCUUCGACCUCCGCUCAGCCCCCGAGAUCAAACGAGACGGGCCCGAAUGGGCAGACAUUGCCGUGGAUGCUCAAGACGUCUUCGAACCGUAUGGUAUCAAGCGGCAAUGGGUACCUGUAUUCGCUGAACAAGAUUACGGCCCCGAUCAAGUCGCGCUGCGCUACAAGGAGUACACGCGUGAGGGCUCCGCUGGGUUUGUGAAAGCAUACCACGAUAUCCUGCUCUCUGCGCCGUCAGCCUACGGAGCAAUGUUCCGGCAUCUGGCGCAAGAGAAGCCAACGCCUUGUCUGGUCAACUGCACAGCAGGCAAAGACAGGACAGGUGUAGUAGUAGCACUGCUGCUGAGUCUGAUUGGAGUGGACAAAGAGAAGAUCGCAGAAGAGUACGCGCUCACAGACCAAGGACUGGCAGAGCUGAGGCCCAUCUUCAUUGAGCGGUUGUUGAAGAAUCCGGCUCUGGAGGGGAAUCGGGAAGGGGUGGGGAACAUGGUCAGUUCGAAGAAGGAGAAUAUGCUUGCUGCGCUGGAGAUGAUUCAGAAGGAGUUUGGAGGCGCGGAGAAUUAUAUGCAGGAGAGGUGUGGGUUGGAAGAUGAGGAGAUUGGGCGGUUACGGAAGAACUUGAGGGCGUGA